AUGUCGUCCAAUGAACCUGCCAAACCAAACCAUCUUGAACCCUCUCCCCUGGGCACAAAAGAAUACUGGGACAACCUCUACACCACCGAAAUCACAAACCACACCCAAGAUAAAUCUGACGUGGGAACUAUAUGGUUCUCAGGCUCCUCGGCCGAAGAUAAAAUCCUUCCAUUCCUAGACGAAAAGAUUGUGGGGGAGAAAAUACUAGGUGCGGAGGUCGGGGCGAAUAAUUGUAGUUUUCUGGACCUGGGGACGGGCAAUGGGCAUUUUCUAUUAAGAUUGAGGGGGGUUUCUGAAGAGGAUGAGGAUGAUGAUGAGGAAGAUGGGAGACAGACCUGGCGGGGGAGAAUGCUAGGAGUUGAUUACUCUGAAAAGAGCAUUGAAUUCGCCCGGCGGAUUGUGGGGGAUAAGAAAGCCGAGAUGGAGAGCGAGGUAGAGUUCUUGUGGUGGGAUAUCAUGACGCAAGACCCGUUCGCCGCUGGGGUUCUUUCUGGGGAGCAGGGUAAUGGCUGGGAUGUUGUGCAUGAUAAGGGGACGUUUGACGCGAUUAGUCUUUCUGAAGAGCAGGAUGAGAAUGGAAGAAGGGUUUGUGAGCAGUAUAAGGAGAAGGUUGUUCCCCUGGUCCGGGAGGGAGGGCUGCUGUUGCUUACGAGUUGUAAUUGGACGGCGGAGGAGUUGAAGGCCUGGUUUGAGGGUGGUGGGUUGAGGACUGUGGGGGAGAUUGGGUAUAGGAGUUUUAGCUUUGGGGGGAAGAAAGGGCAGACUAUUAGUAGUGUUUGCUUUAUGAAGCAGAGUUCGAGUUGA